AUGGCGAUAGCCGCUGAAGGCAGAUAUCCAAUUGGGUACAGAUGGCGUUCGUCGACCCAUCUCAUCAUUGCGUGUAUCGCAACCGCUCUAUUUACAGAGAAUUUCCUCUUCAGUUUCAUCGUACCAAUUCUCGAUUACAUGUUAGAAGAGAACCUCAACGUUGAUCCGGCCAAAGCUCAAUACGUGAUUUCGCUCGUGCUUUCCGUUCAUGCCCUUGUGUGUGUCAUUGCCGGGCCCAUUACAGGCCAUACAGCAGAUAAAAUAUCAUCCCGAAAGGGGGCUUUGCUUGUGUCCUUGUCAUGCGAACUCGUGGGUACAGUCAUUGUAGCAGCCGCCCCUUCUGUUGCGAUUCUCAUUACAGGUCGGAUAAUCCUCGCCAUCGGAGGAAAUGCAGCAUGGAUCAUCGGUCUAGCAACUCUCGCCGACACGGUUGGAACAGAAAAUGCUGCUAAAACUUUGGGAGCUAUCUCAGUGAUAUACAAUUCUGGGUUGCUCGUCGGACCCAUGGUUUCCGGAUGGUUAUUGCGACUUGUAGGCUACUGGCCGACAUGGUGUACUGCAAUAGCCGUCUUGAUUAUUGACAUGGCAAUGCGAUUGGUGAUUAUUGAGAGCCCGAAAGACCAGAAACAUGCAACCACUGGAAAACCCAGAUCCGCUACAAACGGAAUUAAUGAGCGGUCCUUAGCAGAGAAUGUAGAUGUGGAGGCAGCUGGGGCAGGAGAAGAUUCCACUAAUUCGCUUCAUGAGACUACUCCUCUUCUUCAACCACCGAUCUCAAAUCCUGGGGAACUACAAGAUCCAUCUUCUCAAAAAGAUGCGCUCCAACAAGACAAUGGGACAUCAAAUUUUUACCGAAUCGUCCUCUCCCAUCCUCGUGCCCUAACUGCUAUGGCAUGCCAUAUGACGAGUUCUCUGGUCGUAACCAGCCUCGAUACUACGCUGCCUCUACAUGUCAUACGAGAUUUUGGCUGGAACACAACUCAGACAAGUUCCAUGUUCUUUCUAAUUCAACUUCCUCAGCUGGCUCUAGGAACAUUUACGGGCUGGCUAAAGGAUAAAUAUGGAACAAAAGUGCCAACAGGCGUGGGGUACUUGUUGACAGGUUUACUUCUGUGGCUUCUCGGGACCCCUGGAAAAGAUGGCCUCUCUUUCAUUGGUUCCGGUCAGAAGGGCCAAAUCAUCUACUCGUCCAUAUUGUUAGCCCUUGGAUUUGCGAGGAGCUUUACUAUUGGGACUGGUAUCAUUGAGAUGACAAGUGUCAUCAGAGAGAUUCAAACGGAAGAGCCAGGCAUAUUUGGUCCUAACGGAGGGUAUUCUCGAGCCUACUCGCUAACCAAUUUGAGCUGGAAUAUAGGCUUGCUAACGGGACCUCUUCUCUCGGGUACUCUUGUGCAAGUCGUGGGGUAUUACUAUAUGAACUUUACCUUCGGUUGUAGUAACUUUCUAUCUGCGCAUGUCACAAUCAUGCGUACACCUAGGUAA